AUGUCAGAUUCUUCGGAGCAAGAGAUUCAAUACUUCGAGGCCAAAUACUUGGACCCCAAGUUCCCAAUUGUCAAGGCAGACCCCACUGUCGAUGACGUGAUCAAAUCCAUGCGCAGUGGCGACUAUUUGUUCAUGUCGGGUGCCGUCGCCGGAACCUGGGGAUAUGGUUUCCUGUUGGGAAAACCCGUCCGUGGCCCCACUGCUGCCAUGUGCGCUUCGGCUGGUUUCACUUUUGGAAUGUUUUACACCAUGCAGACGGUCCGCUCUCGAUUGCUCGGAUACCGUGAAAACGCCAAGGAAGUCAAGAAGUGGGGAUUAGCCCCCGUCCAACCACGACUAUACAGCAUUGGCGACAGACGAUUCCCUACUCGUCAAUCAAUGCUUUCGACUCCUCCAUUGAAUUGGGACAACUAUGACUAA